CCUCAAUACUGCUCGAUAGCUCUUCGCUUAUUAUUCCCAUUCAGCCAUAAACCUUGCAAUGGCUCUAGGCUUGAAUCUUCAUCCGGACCUGCACAUUUAACUAGCUACAGACCACGUCCAUCUGUUGUAAAAAGUUGGAGGUUGUACCGUACGACUGUUGCUAUUUGCAUCAACAAUCACCGCAACGAUGCACAUGGAGGAAAUGAACCCCGCGUGGUUGAUGGGACCCGUCACAUUACAUUCCAGUCGUGAGUUUACUUGUGAUGGGUUCACGGAGGAACAAUGUGCUUGGUACAUGCAGAGAUGGCAUUUCUGGUAAGAGAAACAAAGAGUUUGGAAGAGAUAUAGGAGGAUCGAAUGGCUGACGAUUUUCUUUGUAGGUAUAUUGCUGAUCUCGUUUUUUCGCUACCCACGAUAGGGUUCUUCAUGUGCGCUAUUGGAAUCUUUAUCAUUGGCCAUGUUGUAUCAUCAAUCUUUCUGGGAUAUCGUGUCUCGUCGAUAUCACGUCUGUUGAGUAAACCAACUGCGGCGAUUCGAUACUUGUCGUAUCGUGGUUUUCACUUAAAGUCGUUGAAGUGGAAUUCUGCUCCAAUUGGUGUGUUGUUGUUAGGGUUUGCUGGCACUCUUUUCUUCUUCUGUAAGUUGCCAUCUGUUCUGUCCCACGGGAUGAUAUGUUGACCUGUGAAUAGUGUUUACUCUGAUACCACAACCCUAUUACUGGCCAAGUCUGGACUUUGGAGGUUCUCCACCGCUUGCAACACGAGCAGGUUGGUUGGCAUUGGCAUGCAUGCCAUUUGUUUUGUAAGUUGAAUAGACUUAUUCCGUUUUGGGUACCUUGCUCACAAAAUCCAGUGCUACUGCCAGUAAAACAAACUGGAUUACAUUACUCACUGGAGUUUCACAUGAACGACUCCAAGUUUUUCAUCGAUGGAUUUCUUAUGCUUUUUUUGUGCUGGCACUCAUUCACACGUUUCCAUUUAUCGUAUAUCACAUUCGAUGGCAUGAUAUGGAGAGUCACUUUGCAUCAAGUCUCGUAUUCUACUGGACUGGUAUUGUUGCAUUGAUUUUCCAGGCCUGGCUUACAUUCGCCUCCCACAGUACAAUUCGGUAAGUUGUGUAUGGCUGGCGUUGGAGAGCAAAGGUUAACUGAAUAACAGGAACUUGGGAUAUGAGUUCUUUAAGAUAACUCAUUUCAUUGCUGUCGUCAUAUUCAUGAUAACCUUCUUCUGGCACUGUGGCUUUACUCUCUCCUCGUGGUAUGAAUCUACACUCUUCACCUCAUUAAUCGUGACAUCUAAUAAAUUCCUAGGGAUUACUUUAUUGGUACAGCCGCUGUAUACGUUCCCUGUUUUAUAUAUCCCUGGCUCCGAACCUGUUUUGAAUAUGGACUCUGCCAAAAGGCCGAGAUCUGUGCUGAGUCCAAUGGUUUCAUUCGCAUUACCAUCCCAGCCAACUUUCACUGGGAACCAGGACAUCAUUUCUUCCUACGCUUCACGAGCUUUGGAUUUCUUAACACGAUAUCUGCUCAUCCUUUCACGGUUUGUUCCUUACCUUCUACGAGACCAGACGAGCCUUCUCAACUCGUCUUUUAUGUUCGUCGUCAGGGAGGGUUCACGGCCAAGUUAUACGACUAUGCGGUGGGGAAUCCCUGUGCCUUGGUACCCGUACAAGUAGAUGGUCCAUAUGGAGGCAUCAACUUACGGAAAUACCACAAUGGCGAUGAGAUUCUCGUUAUUGCCGGUGGCUCAGGUGCAGGCUGGUGUCUCCCAUUCCUUGAAAAGUACCUGCGAUCCAGCGCAUCCGGAUCCGACGAAGAGCACGGCCUAGUCUCCUCAGUCGACAGAAACGAAACUCCUCCCAGUGAGAAAGUCAGCAAAACCAAAAGCCACAUCACCCAUCCCCUCUCCAUCCGCGUCAUCCUCUCAACCCGCGACCUCACCACCCGCAUCUGGUUCCUCCAGCAAGUAGACGCUCUCCAAUCCCGGGCCGGUUCCCAGGGUAAGACCAACAUCCGCGUCCAAGUCUACCUCACCGGCGAAGCCGCCCAACACAAAGGCGACUCCCAGAAUAUCCAGUUACACCCCACCAGCUCCACCGACUCAUCCUCCAACGACGAGGACGAUAAGAAAAAGAAUAAACCACACACCGCCCCCAUCCCGACGCACGAAUUCGAGGGCCGGCCUGGUUUGCCGGCGAUUAUUACGGAGGAGGCAGAGAAGGGACGGACGCUUAGUGUGUAUGUUUGUGGACCGACGACGAUGCAGAAUGAUGUGCGGAAUGCGGUUGCGGGGGAGAAUCUUAAGAUUGUGAAGGGAGGGGGAGGGGGAGGGGUGUAUUUGCAUUCGGAGCACUUUGAGUGGGCUUAGGUUGGGUGUAAGGAAGAAAGAUUAUGCGGUUUUAGCUUAGGGGUUUUAUGGUAAUUGUAAUUCUAUUUUUAUUUAAUUAAUGUUUAUGAGAUGAUUUUAUAGUGUGGGAGUACUUGGCUUGUGGAUAUGUUUUCGUUUUGGAAGGAACUUAGCUGGUCUAGUCUGGUCUGGUCUGGUCUGGGUAAGAUACUAUACUUGUCAUACCGUACUUCGCUUCCCUUCCUCUUAAAACAUGGUUUAAGUAAUGUCUAAUGUUUAUCGCUUAACCUCCAACUUACUCGUAG